UUCAAGCUGCUGCAGAAUCACAGCCAUGAAGUCACUAGUAGAAGAGUCUGUCCCUCUGAGGAACACAAUCACCAUCUCUAAUGAUGUAGAGGUGUGGCUUGGUGAACUGUCCUCAGAAAUGAAGGAGACGUUGAAGUUCCUGUUGUGUGAGUGUGUGAAAGCAGUAAAGGGAGGUGGCAUUGACCCCAACCGCUUCCCCUCACAGAUCCUAUGCCUGGCUGAACAGAUACAGUUUACACAGGAUGUAGAAAGCACCAUUCGUGAGCAGAACCUUCACCAACUGGAGCUGGAGCUCACAGCUAAACUAGAGCACUACACCGACACAAAUGCCCGCAUAGAGUCUACAGAGUCCAGUGUGCUUCAGUUGAAGCUGAAAGCUCUGAUCCUGGAUGUGAUCCACAACCUGUCGGUGGUGCGGGAGCUGCUGGAGGUUCAGGUUCACAGUGCAGAUGAUUGGGUGUGGAAGAAACAGCUGCGUUUCUACCUGAACACUGAUCAGUGAUGCACUGGACACAUGGUGGAUGCAGUGUUUAACUACACCUACGAAUACCAGGGUAACGCCCCUAAGCUAGUGCACACUCCUCUAACGGAUGGAGUGCUACCUUACGCUAACUCAGGCUAUGAGGAUGGGUUUAGGAGGAAACCCAUAUGGGCCAGCAGGAACCGGUAAAACCGAGUCUGUUAAAGCACUCGGAGGACCGCUGGGCAGACAGGUGCUGGUGUUCAACUGUGAUGAGAUGUCACAGUUGUCACAGUUGUGACAGCCAAGCUGUAAAGGUUCCUCUCA